GUUAGGUUUUUGUGUUGGUUUUAUCAUGUUAUUUUGUUUCUCGUGUGUGUGUUCUCUCUGAACGCAAUACUAAUGAGAAACCUGAUCGUUCUGUAACAUUUCGUUUCAAAAAUGUGCUGGUAUUUGGACUGUGCAUACUGAAUGUGAUCAAGAACCACACCUGCCGACAGGUGACUGAGGGACGCAUUCAGUCUUUUUUGAUCCUGGCAAACACAACGCAACAGAAAUAAGAAAUGAUGGGAAUUUGUAAUUGUGUUAUUUUCGGGUUUUGGAGCCUGUUCUGGCUCAGCUUCGAAGACGCUCAGGGAAGUAGAAUUCUUAUCUUAAAUCCAGAGGGAUUUUCUAGUCAUUUCCGCGGAAGCAUAUCCAUCGGCAAGGCCCUAGCUCGACGAGGACAUCAUGUAACGGCCGGCGCCAUGAAAGUGUUGCUUGAUGACGUGGGCGGUGAGAAACAAGACAUACCACCAAACAUGGAACUGCUUCCGAUGCAGUUUUCUCUUUCACACGAAACUCUCUCUCGGACGAUCGAUAAAUAUGUAAGGAGCACACUGAGAGGUUAUGCUCCCAAUGAGGUCAUCGAUGAACUACCUCCGACCAUUCACCCGGAUGAGGACAAGUACACUAUUUUCAACCUUUGCGAAGUCAAAUGUAGUGACGUACUUGAAGAUGACAAACUUUUAUCGAGAUUGAGAGCUGCCAAGUAUGAUAUUAUUGUCGGAGAUACAGUCUACCUCUGUCACCCCCUUUUAAGCCAGAUACUCUCCGUUCCUUUCAUUCACAUUGGCUUAACAACGAUGGUUCCCUCCCAGCAUGACAUAUUUGCUGGUAACCCUGUGAAUCCCGCCUAUGUUCCCGAACGCACUACCGAACUUACUGAUACAAUGACAUUCCGUCAACGCUUGAAAAAUACAGCGAUGUAUCAAAUUAUGAAGUACUUGUACAACAAAUACGUGCUGCAAUUGUACCAAAAUGUCCAACUGAGCAGCAACGUGAAGCCAGAUAUGACAUUCAGACAGCUAAUGUCAACAGCCGAAAUGUGGAUAUUCAGCUCCAAUUUUCUGAUUGAUUUCCCUCGUCCUUUGCCGUCGCAUGUCGUCUUUGUUGGAGGAGUUUUGACGGGCCCACCGAAGCCACUAAUUCAGGAACUCGACGUAUUUGCCAACAACUCUGGUGAUGCAGGUAUCAUCGUGGUCGCCAUGGGAACGCUGAUAUCCUCCCAGCUUACUGCGCAACAGGCGGAGGCAAUUGCAACCAGCCUUUCUCUCCUACCGCAAAAGGUGGUCUGGGCCUUUGUUGGAAGUGUGCCCUCUUCCGUCGGAGACAAUAUACUGAUAAGACAGAAAAUUCCACAAAAUGAUCUCCUCGCUCAUCCUAAAGUUCGUGCAUUUGUGUCACAUGGUGGUAUAAACAGUUGCCAUGAGAGCAUCUAUCACGGGGUACCGGUGGUCUGCAUGCCUGUAUUCGGCGAUCAAGGGGACAACUGCGUGCGGCUUCAGGCCAAAGGAAUGGCCAUUAUAGUGGACAUCAAGAACCUCCUAAACACAACGCUCUAUGAUGCCAUCACGAAAAUCAUACAAAAUACAAGGUACAAGGAGACUGCCCUGCAUAUGUCGCAAAUAGUGAAAGACCGGGUCAGCGGGAUGUCCCCCGUCGAUGAGAUUGCCUACUGGAUUGAAUACGCGAUUAAACACGGCACGGAGCAUCUCAAACCUCGCGCCCUCCAGCUUUCAGUUAUCGAAUAUUACAUGCUGGAUGUCCUGGCGAUCCAUGCUGUCUUUGUCAUAGUGAUCCUGCUGUGCAUCAAGUACACGUGCUGCACGAGAAAAAAACAACUGUGACAUCAUAACCAUACAUUAUCAUAUCCUGGUUUCCCUACAAGUGUUUGGGAAGGCAUCACCACCAACCUCUGCACUAAGUCCAAGUACACGUAGAUAAGCGUAAUAGCACAGUUUAAUAUUCAAGUUAAUGUCAUGAUCACCUAUUAGAUAUCAAGUACUGUAAUUUCAUGAUGUAGACCGUCAAAUUAUAUAGUGUUUUACUAUUUAUCCUAAACGUGAAAUGUGACUUCGCAUAAAGGCUCAAAGCUUAUAUAAGACAAUGGGUGUGGUCCAUUUAAGUAAGCGGGUCGUCAGCAAGUCCUUGGGGGUACAUCGUCAAGUUUAUUUCUUUGUGUAGGCAUUGUGUUCCCAGAGAGACCCACAUAAGAGCUUGCUUCGCACCCUCUUGUGUCCACUUAUUACCGUGAGUUCAGAAAUCCGACUUGACGAAUCUGCCAGCCGUUUGUGCAAAGUAAAUAAGCUCAUCUACCAAAACAGGUAGCAGCCAAUGAAAUUGAUGGAUUUGUUUUUACAUCGUUCAUACGUCUAUUAUAAUGAUCCAGUCUGCAAGUCUGACAACUUUGAUCGAUGGAAAUGCAAAGUCUGACUUCUGCUUAGUGGAAAUUCCGUAUACAUUAUAUUAUACAUUAAGCGACGUAAGUUCGACUUGAUUCAGUCUAGUGUCGAUCACAUCCAAAGAAGAAAUUACCGAUUAAAAUGUUUUUCUUCCCACCUCCUAAUUCAGCUCCGCCCACACAUAUCUGACCAACGGCAGCCAGGCAAUGAUCGUGAAGCCAAAAUAUCCGACGUGCGCAACUGCGCGCAUUUAUGGGGCAGUUGGAGACGCUAGCGUUUGUCCAUACUCUUCUAUGUUUUUCUGACAACGUGCGCACAGAUUAUCCGUCUCGAACAGAAGCACCCCCUCAUUGGUUGAAAAGAACGCAAUGGUUGGCUGUGUUCAUUUUGUUGGAAGCGA